AUGUAAAUAUUCGUAUUGUGGCUAACUUCACAUCAUCCCUAGCUGCUAGAAGGACAGGGGAGAAAUGAAUAACACCAUAGCCGACACAAGAAGGCUCUUCUCUAAGCCUCAGAACUUAAACGACGCCUAUGGACCCCCGAGUAAUUUUCUAGAGAUCGAUGUGAGCAACCCUGAAACCAUCGGGGUUGGCAGGACCAGAUACACGACGUAUGAAGUCAGACUGAAGACCAACCUUCCCAUCUUCAAGCUGAAGGAGUCUAGUGUACGAAGGCGGUACAGCGACUUUGAGUGGCUCAGAGCGGAGCUGGAGAGAGAAAGCAAGGUGGUCGUCCCGCCUCUCCCAGGAAAAGCUCUUUUCCGGCAGCUUCCGUUUCGAGGGGAUGAUGGGAUAUUUGAUGAUUCCUUCAUCGAGGAGCGGCGACAGGCUCUGGAGCAGUUUCUCAACAAAGUGGCAGGUCACCCUCUAGCUCAGAACGAACGAUGCCUGCACAUGUUUCUACAGGACGAGUCUGUGGACAAGAGCUACACCCCGUCCAAAAUCAGACAGGCCUGAAAGAAAAGAUGGCUCUGCUCGGCCCGGCUCGGCUCGGUCCAACAACCCAAAGCUCUCUUCACUGCUCCAGGUUUCUCUCAGACAAUAACCAUUUCAAUGACAACUCCUCCUCCCUGCGCCCCCCAAAAUGAUAUUGUUCACUGCCUCUUUUAGUUGAAUUAGUGACCCUCAUUGGUGUUUGUUUUCACUUUCUAAUUGGAGUCAAGAAUGUCCGACACAUAACUGUGGUUGAAAGUAAUUUAUAGUAAUUUCUCUUUAUGUCUGGAAAUGCCACUAACAUGGAUAUAUUAUGUAUUUAUCGUUUAGCUAUGUCUUGAAUAUAUUCAUUUAUAUCGUAACAUUGAAUGAGCGUUCUAUGUAUGCAAAGCUCUUGUAAAGAUCCACAGCAUUUCCCCAUCAUAUAUAUAUAUAUCCAAUACUAGCAUGUUGCGCACCAUAACUAGCAACUAAAAACACACACACACACAAACACACGUUCAUAUAUAUAAAUAUAUAAAUAUAUAUUUGAUGGGCCUUGACUUUCAAAUCACAAUUAGUUUAUCCUCCUCUUGAAAUGGAAACACGUGUGUGUAUCGACCAGCACCUGCCCAGUUAUCACAGUGAUUUUCUAGUGAGAAAGAAGUAAUUUACACAGAGGGAACUGCAGUAUUUCUACUGGCUAUAUGCAUU